ACCUUAGAAACGGGUGGAACAUGUAACAUGUUUGUAACAGCGUAUACCCAGAGAUGGAUGCGGUUCAACCAUUUUGGCUUCAACCUCCAUCUUGGCAAAGGGAUUAACCAUCCUGACAAAUACAGGAGGGUCUUGGGAGCUAUAAAACCCCCCAAGGGAGCCGGGGCCUCCCUGUCCAAAGAACCUGCAAAUUGUAACACCUCGUAAGAGAUAAGGCAAGCUUUCCCA